UCAAAAUUAUUGUAAGACAUAUUAAUGAAUCAGAUAUUACAAAAUGUAUCCAAUUAAUGCACCUGCAAAGAAAAUGGAUAAGAUAUCACAUCAACGGGAAGAGGAGCAUCAGAAAGAAGUGGAGCGCAGGGACGCCGUUCAGCAAUUGUCCCUACUACCAGCUAAUUGUCCUGUGGGGAAUUGCUCUGCUAUCGUGUUUCCAUCCAAUCUGAUGAAGCACAUGCUACACAGACAUGCAAUUGCUGGGGACAACCUGAAUGCGGAGAUAUAUGAGCAUCGACCGCUGACAAUGUUCUUUAAUCCGACGGGCUAUGAGCACGGGCAGAAUGACUGCGUGGCGACACUCCUGUAUGGAGGGCAGAUGAACAAACCGAAUACACUGCCGGGAACCAGCUGUAUGAGCCUUCCCCAUACGGACCUAUUCCACGACUAUCACAAGUAUGCCAAUUACCUGCCCAUUAUGAUGAUGGUCUGCCACUGCACCUGGUUUGCCCAACUCAGUGAUAAGCGUUUGGAGAGCGAAAUGGUCGCCGAGAAUGCCAGCACAUCGGGCAUCUAUGUACUCUGGCUUACCUCACCCGCUACAACUAGCAAACUAUACUACACACUAACCAUCUACGACCGAUCCUACUCUUACUCACACAGCGUUAUACGAAUGGUGCGGGACUACACUAGCCAACAGAAUCCAACGAUGGUAACUACUUGCUGCUGCGUGACUCGGAGGUCACCGAGCUAAUGGACAUU